AGCUACAACAAAUUGCCGCUCAGCACGCUCACUGCUCUCACAGCGCUCCGAGCACAGCAGCAACUGUUGCUGGCGCUCAGCUGAGAGCGCUCGCUGCCCAUAUAUAUUUUGAGGCGUUGCGGUCGACGCACACGACAGUUGUGCUUGAAACGCUUCGUAGUGAAGAUCGUGCUCGAUCAACGCGCGGAAAAAGAAACGAAAUCAGAAACAUAUACAAAUUCAUCGAGAAAUUACAAUUUGUUUAAACCAAAAAGCAAAGCAACAGGAAUACAAAAUCAAUGUAAACGCAAGAGAUCCAAAGAAAUUGGAUUUGCAUGUGGAAAAAAAAAACGAAAAAGAAAUUUUUUUUUAGAAAUUUUUGUUCAAUAUCGACGACGAGCUUCGCGCGUAAAUUAGCAAGCGUUUGCAAGAAACAAGCUACAAUAAAACUAACAGCAACAACAACAACAAAAGCAACUACAAAUAAAUUGGAAAAUAAAAAAGAAGAAGAAGAGUGCAACGUGUAAAACAAGUGAAAUUUUUGUUAGUGCAUGUGUCUCAAAAAGUCACAAGCAACGCACAGAAAUAAAAUGCAACAAGUGACUCUCAAACUGUAAAGUGAUGUACGUGCAACAAAUACAACAACAACAAAUAGAAAAACUAAAACAAGAGACAGAAGUGUUAAUAAUCGACGAGCAACAACAAUUGUUGGUAGCGUAAAGAAAUGGCCAUUGAUUUCCUCAUCUUGGCCCUGCUGCUCAUCUCGUUCAUCAUCAAUCUGCUGGCGCUGUGCGCAUUCUGGAUAACGCCGGGACUGCGCACCACAGCGAAUCGCUUCACCAUCAAUCUGCUGAUCAUCAAUCUGAUUGGCUGCUGCAUUCUGGCACCGACUCUGUUCCUCAGCGGCAUUAAGAGCUUCUCCGGGCAGGAGCAACAGCUGGUUGGCCGCAAUGCGGCCGGCGACAGCAUUGAGUUCUACUCGAAGCCGGGCAACCAUCAGCUAACCAUUCGCCGUCAUGGCCAACUCGUGGAGCAGGACGGCAUUGUGGUGCGCCGCAACAUCACCACCACCAACAGCAGCAGCGGCGGCGGCAGCAAUGACAGCUCCGGCGAUACCAUAGAGAUGAUCUACAAGUGCAAUGCCACGUAUUGCCGCGAGCUGACCAUCGAUGAGCGUGGAGAUGGCGGCAUUGUCAUCACGGAGACGGAAACUCAGGAGGAUAAUCUGAGUGUGCCGGUGCACAGUAGCUUCUCGCUGCCAGCGGUGCAGCUGCGUUGCUGGUCCAUCGAUAUGACUGCCGCACUGGGCGCCCUGGCGGUGCUGCUGGUGGUGGGCGACACGUGGUGCGCGGUGACCGACCCGCUGCGCUAUCACAGUCGCAUCUCGGGCGUCAAGACAUGGGUGUUCAUCACGCUCACCUGGGCGGUGGGCAUACUGUUCGGUGCGCUGUCCGCGUUUCGUGUGCUCGACUUCGAGGCGGACACGCUGCUCAGCAGGCAGCGGCGCCUGGCCGCCACCUACUUCAACAUCAGCAGCACGAACAGCAUCUUCGACGUGAUCUAUGCGUGCGUGUACUUCAUCGUCAUCAUCCUGCUGCCCUUCGGCUUUGUCUGCGGCAUGUACUGGCGCAUCUUCAGCGAGGCGCGCGGCAAUGGGCUGCGCAUGAGGCAGAACGGCUCCUCGCCGCUGCUGCAGAGCGCCCUCAAUCUGACCAACCAUGCCCAGGCCGCGCCCGCCGCGAACUACACGAACAGCCUGUGUGUGCACAGACAUUCCAUAUCCUCGGCCAGCUCACACGGCGGCGUCACCGGUGGCCUCCAGAUGCAGAUCGAUCAUCGGGCGCCGCGCAGCUCGCCGAGCUGUCUGCGCCGGGACUCGGCCGCCAAGGUGCUGCUGCCCACGAUCUCGGACGAUGGCUCCGACGUGGAUGUGGAGAGCAACCAUGGCGGCAUGCCGCUGAUGAGCGUGCCCGAGCAGUCGCUGGCCGAUCGCAACCAGAACAUCUUGCUGACACUGCAAACAGCCAGCGGGGAGAUCAAGCGCAACUACUCGGCCAGGCAGCUGCCCCUGCUGGGCACGUCGUCGCAGGAUCUGCGCGAGCUGCAGCGCGUGCAGGGCAUCCGGCAGGUGCACAGCUCGCCCAAUCUGCACAAGUACACGGAGUUGCCGCAGGAUUUGCUGGGCGAGGAGUGCAGUUCGCCCCACCUGCUGCACGCCCAUCGCCAGCAGGAGCAGCCGCAGCUACAGCAACACCUGCAGCAGCAGCAGCAGCAGCCAUUGCCGCCUCAGCAGCAUCAGCAGCAGCACACCCACUUCAGCACUGCACGCCAGCAGGCGGCAGGAGGAGGACAUGCGCUGCAAAUUCCCGCCAUUCACGCCUCCCCGAAGGCUCUCAGCUACAUGAGCUCGCUGCGCCAUCGGCUGAGCAAUGCCAGCUCCCUGUUCAAGUAUCGGGAGGAGUCGCGCGCCGCACGCAUCAGCAUCCUGGUCGUGGUCAUGUUCGUGGUCUCCUACCUGCCCUAUGGCCUGCUCGUGCUGCUGCAGUCGCGCCUGUCCGCCGCGAACUUCACCGGCUCCACUCAGCUGGCCAUCUUCAUGAUCCUGCUGGCCAAUCUCAGCUCGCCCUUCAUCUUCGCCUACCGCAACAAGCGCGUGCGGCGCGGCGUCAAGCGCCUCUUCGGCCUGGACUCGGCCAGCGCACUCCAGCGCCAUCCCAGCAGCAGCAUGAAGACCAACGGCAACAGCGCAACGGCCGCCAGUGCACCUCAGCUGCAGCGCAACAGCAGCAAAUUGUCGCAGUACAGCAGCAACAGCUGCCGGUAUCUGACGCCGCAGAGCUCGCUGGCCAGCCAGUGCCAGACGGCGACGCCAGUGCACACGACGCUGACGCUUCGGCCGAACAGCAGCUGCAGCACCAUCAUCAACUUCGGCGGCCACAACAACAACAAGGGCUCCGCGGACUCGGAUGAGGUGCCCUCGCUGGAGGCAACGCCGCCGCCGGCCCCGCGCCAGGCCCGGCCCAAGCUGCAGCGCGGCAUCACGAUCGUGGAGCACAUCCAUAUAGCCAGCUCGCCGACCAAGUUCCAGUCGCGGCGCAAUCUGCUCGACAUGUUCUUUCGGGGAUCCAGGAAGCUGCAGUCGGACUGCGCGCAGUCGAUGCCCACGGAGGUCUAGACAAACUAGCUCUAAGUAACUACUAAACUAGUAAACAUUGAUUUGCUUGCUGAAGAAUUCGCAGAACAGUAUUCGUAACUCAUAAGUUUAGCAACACUAAGCCAAAAACAACAACAAAAACAACACAAAGAAACACAAAUAUUAAUAUUAUGCUCUGCUAGAAGCUUCUCAUGCCAAAAACAAAACAAAAAAUGAUAUAUACUAAAAAAUUUCACACAAUUAUUAAAUAUGCAUAUGCUUGUAAAACUGUGAAAAGCAAAGGCAGACAGCUAUAAGUACCUUGUAAAACAUUUAUCCAGCUAGAUAACAACUUAAAAUACAAAGAUAGCAACAACUGUGUACAAGUCUCAGCAAAAAAGAAACAAGAAUGCAAAAUUUUAAAACAGUCUUUAACAAAUUAAGUAAAUAGCUUAGAUGUUAUAUCAAAACGGGAAUCAAGCAGCCAAUUUCGAGUACCUAACAAAAGAACAGCUAAACAUAUGAAUAUAGUAUAUAUAUAUAUACACU